AUGUUCUUCUGUCCUGUCCAGCAAAAGUCCCUGAGGGAAAAAUGGUUGCUAGACGGAGCUGCUGGGUCGGAGCAGGACGAGGCCAAGAAACAGUUGGCGGAGGACGAGACCAAGCUCAAGGGGAUGGAGGAGAGCAUCAUUAGACUGGAGCAGGAACUGGAGGAGCUGGAGACGGGCGUGUCGGUGACCUCCACCGAAGAGAGUCUGACAGAUGCAGCCAAGGUGGAAGAAGCCAAGACUGCCGACAACAAAGCUCCUGCAGGCACUGUUCAAGAGGUCAAGGAAGUGCUCAAAGUGCACAACAGCCCUCGUCUGGACAUGUCCGGAGGUGCAUCAGAUAUAAUGAGAACAGCGAUGUACUCAGUAGAGAUCACCGUUGAGAGGGACAAUGUCACGGGCGAGACUAAGGUGUUGUCCACCAACACCCUACUGCCCAUUAACCUCUCUGGGCAAGGGGUCAAGGUGUAUGAGGAUUACCAGAAAGUGGUACACGAGGUGAACGGGGAGAACGGGGUCCACCAGCUCAGCGCCAACGAGGUGGACGAGCUCAUCCUCAAAGCUGAUGAGUCCAUGAUGAGCGACGCCACCAAUACUGAGUUGGCUGCCGAGCAGCAGACGACACCCAAGAAGGAGAUCACAGGCAUGGAGGCCAAGGCAGGUGGCGCUAGUCCCCAGCCAGGUGGAGGCGAGAUGGAGGCCAGCGCCGAGAACCCCGUCACUAUGGUGUUCAUGGGCUACCAGAGUGUGGAGGACGAGACGGAGACCAACAAGGUGCUGGGCCUGGAGGGUACCGUCAAGGCCCAGCUGGUGGUCAUCGAGGACGGCGAGGGCAAGAAUGUGACGGUUGGGCCCACUCCAGCCACCGUGACCGUCACCGAGGGAGGCGCCAAGGAAGAGCAGUCUCCCCCACCCAACGGCAGCGCCGCUGACCCUGCCAAGACCCCCCAGGAAACAUCCUCCGCAAAGGAGAAAGGGGGUGAGCCAGAGGGGGGUACCACUGAGUUAAACAACAAGGAGAAGCAGCCUUGCAAGUGCUGCACCAUCAUGUGAGCAACUGUUUGUUGUGUGGCUGAAUUCCCCCCGGAACUUGACUUUUCAAGGAGAAAUGACAAACUAACAACAACCAUAACGUCAUGACAACCAACAAACCCCUCCCCCCACCCUGAAAAAAAAGGAAUACAUGUUCUUUAUCUUCUGUUGUUUCCCGACUUCGUUUGAAGUAUUUCAUCAUCAUCUCAUCGUCUCCUUUCCUUCUUUUGACCUUUUUUAUUAUUUCAGGUUUGGUUGUGCGAAAGAAGAGCAAUCCCUACCUCCUCACACUUUGAGAUUUCUGAGGGAGAGAGGAGAUAGAAAAGGAAGGAUAGAAAGAGAGGGAGGAAGGGGUUUGUUUACUCACCCAGCAUUGUCCAACAAGCAUUUUUUUUAAAUGACAUCUCUUAUACACCACCAUGAAUUGUGUAAUCUUAACUUUCUGUAUGAUGGACAGAUAUAUCUCUAUGUAUCUCUGUAUAUACAUUGUUUAUUUCAAAGAUAUAUUUAUUUGACUUUUUAUUUUUUGAAAAUGCCCUUUGGAAAGUGUUUUUGACAGAAGCAUGGUAUUCAUUGUUUUUUUCUGUCCUGUGCUAUAGCAUUUUAGAUAAAAACGGGGACAUGAUGGAACACUUGGAACAUUUAUGUUAGAACAUUUUAUUGGAUUUUGAUUUCCAGAAAAAAAAAAUGUUUUACUUUGGAAUGUCUGAGACAGACACAACACUGAUAUAUGGGAUGUCUGUGACAAACACAACACUGAUAUUUAGAAGUGACAUGCAAUGAGACGUCAGUGAUAUUGAUGACAUCGAAGUACUGUGUGCGUGUGUGUAUGAGCAUGCAUGAGUGUGUGUGCUGGUUUAAAAUGACCUCAUUGGUCCUUAUAUCAUCCUACACUACACUACCCACAAUCCCCAUCACCUAUUUUCUUUCUGGAAGAAAAAACAAUCCAUGCAAUUCUUUUGUGAUUUCCCUGCAACCAAAUCAGCUACACUAGUUCGACAACACUAAUAUUGAAUUGAAUAACAUGUGUGAAGGUCAUUCAUACCGAAGCUUGAGACUGAUGAAAUUAAUGCCCAUCUGUAAGGCUUGAUGUUUGUGUGAUUCGCCCCCACUUAACUACAUUAUCCAGAAUACCACUGCCCCUUUAAUAUAAAUAAUGUUGCUUACAGCUGCCUUUGUGGUAACACUAACUACUUUUCAUUAACUCAUUGACAUAAUCCUGGCUCCUGAUGUUAUGACCUAGCAACUAACAGCUGGGUUUUGAAAUAAUGGUCGGCGUGGACAGGCCCUUCCAAUGUCCCGAAGAUUUUCAGCUGGAUAUUAACUACUGUGGAAUUGGUGCAUGGAGCAUAAUCUGUUGUUUUAAAUGACAGCGCAUAUCCUACCAAACUGUGUUGCAAAUACUGCAAGAAUUUGCUCCAUUCAGACAUUAAGGAAGAGUGACAUUUGAAUGGGGGUCGGGGUCAUAUAUUUCCCCCAGAGUCUGUGUGGGAGGAGAUUCAUUAUAAGAGUAUUUGGUUUUCUGUUUUCCUGUUUGAACUCUACUGUCAGGCCUUGGUUUUGUCAUUUGUCAACGAAACCAAAGAAAACCGUUCAAAUAGGCCUAUUUUUCAUUGUGUAUCUAUCACAGGAGGUUGGUGGCACCUUAGUUGGAGAGGACGGGCUUGUGGUAAUGCCUGGAGCGGAAUCAGUGGAAUGGUAUCAAAUACACCACACACGUGGUGUCCAUGUGUUUGAUACCAUUCCAUUUGCUCGGUCCCAGACAUUAUUAUGAGCUGUCCUCCACUCUGCAACCUCACUGGUAUCUAUCGACAUGUGAGGCAAAAAGCAGGGAAUUUCAAGAAGAACAUUCCAAGAAGUUUUCAGAAUCCUUUCCUACCCUCCUCUGAGUGGUCAAUUUUGCUCCAAAUUUGGUGUUUUUUUCAGAGAACAAUAGAUGUUUUUGCAGUGUGGCUACAUUUGAACAGCUGUGUUUUACUUUCCCUUGGCUUGUGUGUGUUUGUUAGCUGCAGCUAUAGCAUUCUUUACAUCUUGCCAUUUUGGAGCCAAAUUUCCAGCUAAGCUGAGGGUCAUGUUAUCAUUGUCCAGUGUAUUUUCCCCAGUGGUGAGUUGAGUCAGUUGAGUUGGAUUAGGUAAACUAGGAGUCAGAACUCAGUGACACGCUCAUAUGUAACCGUGGUCCAAGUGUUAUUAUUCGCAUCCGAAAUAAAACAAACAUUUUGUUUUCAAAGAUGGUCUGCAUUAUCUUUAAGUGAGUCCAAGAAGUGAGCCAGAGGUUUGCCAGCUUUGCAUCAUGUUUGCCUAUUCCUCUUUUAAUAUUGUUCCAUGUGUAUUUAUACCUUUCCAUUAAUAUGUAUAGAGCUCUAUAUGUUAUUUAAAUAGUGAAUGUCUUUGUGAGGGUUCAAAUCAAGAACAUGAGGGAGAAUAGAUAAAAAAUAACCAGGUCUGAUAAGCCUUGUCAAAAUUAUGCUGGAGAAUCCAUUGCACUGGUUAGAGCGUUGGACUAGUAACUGAAAGGUUGCAAGUUCAUAUCCCCGAGCUGACAAGGUACAAAUCUGUCGUUCUGCCCCUGAACAGGCAGUUAACCCACUGUUCCUAGGCCGUUAUUGAAAAUAAGAAUUUGUUCUUAACUAACUUGCCUAGUUAAAUAAAGGUAAAAAAAUGAUCAUGUAAAAUAUAUUAUGAAAUAAUAUUCUUUGCCAAUCCCCUUCAAUCCCACUUCCUCAUGUGCAUUCAAAGGGGCAGGGCAAUCAUUGAUAGGCCGACAACAUCCUCCAAUAUGCUGCUCAGCAUCCUGCAAGGAGCAUAAAAAGCUGACACAGUGAAAUGUGCGUUACUCUAUAGGAGUGGUCCCAACCUUUCUCGGUUACUGUACUACCAACUGAAUUUUGUUCUGCCCAGAGUACCCCUGCAGUACCCCCUCAUGUGCAUUUUACCAGUAGGCCUAUGGUCGCAUGAGUCUUCUCAAGUAUCCUCUGUGGAUAGGCCAAGUGGUCCUAGUACCGGUCCUAUCACUGCUCUAUAGGACAGUCACACUAUCUGUAGUGUUGGUCUAGAAUACUUUCAAUAAAAAACACUGACUUCGAAUUCGCUUAGGCAUUGCUGACGACCAGUCCUUGUCGACUAAUAUUCCCACACUGCUGGAUCCAAAUCUAUGCAAGAACUCCCAUUCAUGAAAGCUGCCAACGUCAGCAUCAGCAAAAUCAUCAUAUAGUUUUAGCAUUGAGGACAAGCAGCAGCACUGAUAAGAGUUCAUCAGUAUAUCACAAAGGCCAAGCAUUGAACCAUGCCCAUCCUUUCCUUUGCAAAAGAUGAUCCUUUUUUAUUUCCUAAAUAUCUGCUUGCUAACAGUUUGCUAACAGCAUAGAUUUGGUUUGUCAAUUUCAAUUUGAACGGUGGAAAGAAGAUUUCAUAUGUUGUCACUGCCAACAUGGCAGCACAUCACAUGUUGGGAUGGAUACAUGUGGGUUUUGUGGUGCUAAAUCAUUGAUACUGUUAUAUCUGACAGCCACAGUUUAGAUAUUAUUUUAGAUAUACAUUUCUGCAGCUUGUGUUUCAAGAAAAUCACUGAUAUUUCUAUUUACAAUAGGAAAUAGUGUCAGCAAGAGUCAUUUUCGAGGCACACCUCAACAAGGAAGUGUUUAAUCAGUUAAAUUCCAAGCUUAUUUGAAGCAACAACUAGGUGUUCUGUUUUUAAAGUUUUUCUUUUAGGAUAACAUGCAACAGUCAUCUCAAAACUGAAAAAUGUGAACAGUCAUACAUCUCUUUGUUCUAACACAAACAUACUGUACAAAUGCACUUACUGUAGGGUGGUCAAACUGAAAGCCAUAGUGUUCUUGGUGGAAGAAAUCGUCCAUACCAUUAGAGUCAGAGAGAACAUUGGUGACCAUAACCUAAUCAAAUUUGUCCAUCCACAAUGAAAUACGGUGACACUUAAGUUAAAAAAGGACUUACAUAACACCUUCAUAACAUUUCUUUAGAGGAAAGAAUUACAUGGCACUUUGAGAGGGACUUGGAAAUCAACGACACUGUGUUUAAUUUAGUCUGUUCUAUUCACACCGUUCAUUUUGCUGCCUUCAACAACUUUGAGCUUGAAGGUUAACGAACAUCAAUAUCAAUGAAGGAUAAUGAAUGCCAAUUAUGUUCUUAUGAAGGGUAAUGAUUGCAUGGACAUCUCCACUAAAGUGCAGAUCCAUCCUACUGAGCAGUGGGUAGAAUUUACUCUUAACCACUGAUGCAGGGUCAGAUUUGAUUUUAUCCCUAAUGGCUAAGGUUAGGAUUGGGAGCUAGGUAAUCUGAUCCUAGAUCUGUGGUGAAGGGUGACUUCUGCCUCAAGCUCGUUUUGAAUACCCAAUACAUCUCCUUCCUCUGUCUUGCUGAGCUUGGUGUAGCAGCAGAGGCUUGUCGCCCCUGGCAACCACUGUCUGCACUGCCAGCGCCAUGGUUACCUCAUGACUCUUGCUCUGCAACAGCACUCCCCUGUUGGUUCUUAUCAAUAUUUACAUUCCAUUUCCGACUUCUCUCUCUCUCUCUACACACCCCCAAUGCCUUGUAGUCUGGCCCCUGGUCAGGCAUCUUUUUUGUAAAUGUAUAUAUAAGCAUCUACAUAUAAAUGUCUGUCGCUCUCUCGUCCUCUUGUGUAGACUCCUAGAUCUUUGUGCUCAUGGCAGUCAGUCAGUGAAGGGCCCAGGUAAUAGAGUGGGUGUCAACACACUGCUGCUCUUCUUAUGCUUUUGUAGUUGCCAAGGUCGGCUUUCUCACAAACUGGAAAGUGCUGUAGAGGAAACGACAAAUAAAAAUGUGACGUGCUUCAAUGGUC